UCUUAACACAGCCGUCCCGAUGGAAACUAGAGUUCCAGGAUAUCCCAGUGUUCUUGGGAUCCUUCUUCUGUUCGCCUACUUCUCGUCGCGAACCGAAGCGGCAUUUGAUCCCGAAAGUUUUCAGCAAAAACUAGUCGCCUUGCAAAAGGUUCUCGACUACAUGAACAACAGACCAGAGCAGAUGAAUCUGGACGCUACUAUUGGUGUUACCUUAACUGAAGCCAAUUUGGUGGCGGCGCUCCUGCAUGAAAACGUGCAAUAUCUGGAAGAUAAAUUCUUUAUCGCUCUUAAAGAAAUUGUCGCACUAUCCGAUAUGACUCGAAGGCACUUGAUGGCUUUUAUUCCGAAGAAUGAAACUAAAUUUUUAAUGCUAUCGGCUUUAAACAAUCCCAAACUGUGGAUAAAACCUAUAUCGUGGACGAGGAUCUUUUCGAGAUCGAGAUCUCAUCCCCGUCAAUCAAGCUAUCGGGAAAUCGUUCGAUCGAUGCAAUGGAUCAUGCAUGGAACGCCCACUGAAACGGAAAGCGAUCAAUGUUUAAUCGAAAUUGUGCGUAGCGAUUUAGAGGGGAAAUGUGAGAUUCCCGCCACUUGUGUUGCAACAUUGAUGAGGGAUGACGAUACUACCGGUUAUCCUCUCACGCAUAGACUGCUCAUCGUUCAAGUCGCUAAAGCGCUGGGAUGCGAGAAGGCGAAUACGAUAUCGCUCUCUUCCUUAAUACCCGUGUAUUGUGCCAGGAUUUUUAAGGAAUUCAUCAAUAUCGAAGCAUGGAACUUCCCAAAUGUUGCGCGGGAUCUCAUGUUGGAACAAGUCGUUUUAUGUGGCAUGGAAGGUUACUAUGAGUUCGUCGAUAAACAUUAUGAAGAUACAAUACUGAGUUGGCCUCACUGGAGCGGCUGUUUUGCCUUAUUCGAAUUUUCUAAUGAACACCACAUCACUCGGCGAUCAUCGUCGAGAACCGACUUCGGAUGCGAUAAUCAUAUGACAAGCCUUGGCGCCGCAAGUCUCGCCGUAUUUAUUCGGGAAAAUAUAGAAAAUGCUCUCAGUCAGUCUUAAAUUUUUUUUAUUUGGAUAGAGCAUUUUU